AUGGCCAACGCAAGCUUGGCUAAACUGAAGGUUGCCGAGCUCAAGGAGCUUGCUGCUAAGCAUGGACUCUCACAGAGUGGACUGAAGAACGAUUUGGUUGAACGAUUGGCCGCCGCGGGUGUCAGCCCUGGUGGUCAGACCGAGGCCGAAGAACUCGUGGACGUUCCAGAUGCAGCGCCUGCGGCCGCAGCCCCUGCACCUGCACCUGUGCCAGUCCCAGCGACUCAGCCCACUCAAGCUCCCGCCCCUGCAGCUGAGGCUCCUAAAGCACCUGAGUCCACGCCAUCAGCACCACCUACUGCUGGUGCUGCUGCUCCGUCGGCACCUGCUGCUAGUUCCGCUGCAGAGAUCAAGUCGGCUGAGACUGCCCCGGCUGAAUCGACGUCCGACGAGAUCCCCGACGACGAGCUCACCGAGGAACAGAAAAAGCAAAAGGCUCGCGCAGCUCGCUUCGGCAUCCCCUUCAAGGUCACCAAACCUAAGCCUGCAGCUGCGCCUGCGGCCUCACCUGCCGCGAAACCAGAACAGCCCAAGAAGGAGAAGCCUGCUGCCAUCGACAAAGCGCCACUCGGAGAGUCUGCGGAGGUUUUGGCCCGCCGAGCAGCCAAGUUCGGCCCCGUCAAGAAGGCUGAGCCCGCGUCCGCCGCCCCUGCCGCCCCUGCUGCUGUCCCUGUCGAGAAAAAGGAGGAGCUUACUCCUGAGCAAGCUGAGAAGAUUCGCGUUGAGGAGGAGAAGAAGAGAAAACGUGCGGAGAAGUUCGGCACCGCGAAGCCCGCCGAGCCUGCCGAGGCACCGGCCAAGGCCUAA